AUGGAGAAAGAAGCGUUCAUAAAGGCUGUAGCCGAGAUGUUGAGCAACGAAGAGAAGGCGGAAAAUAGCUGCUACCGGAUUGGGGAGUCUGAGUUCGACUAUCAGCUGUUCAAGACGUUUCCAAUCCGGCGCGAUGAAGACCUCGAUACGCGUCGCACACUCACGACGGACAAGUUCCUAAAGGCGCUGGUGAAAAAGUUCAGCAAGUGUCAGCUGAAGAACCUGCUCGAUGGUAGAUGUUUCUUCAAUCGGACACUUUCGUGUUGCAAUGGUGUCGAACAGCUUACUUGUGAUCCAGCCAAUCCGUAUCGCAGCUAUGAUGGCAGCUGCAAUAAUUUGGAGCAUCCGUCCUGGGGCAAACGAGGUACCGCCCUAAAGCACCCUUUCGCGCCGUGUUACGCCGAUCUCGUUUCGAAACCAGCUCGCAGCAGAUCCGGAGCUCCGUUGCCACAGAAUCGAAAGCUUAUUUCUGAGCUUUCGGAGUUCCUGGAGCAGUAUGGUCCUAACACGUCGUCUUCAAUCAGCAUGUUUCUGGUGUUCUUUUUCGAGCUUACUAGCUUGGACAUGAUCGGUCGGGCGAACAAGCGAACGCAAUGUGCCACCGAAGGUUUCCGUGGGUGCCGUGCGGAUGGUCUCGAUCGAAGUGCAUUCGUGUCACCACUUACGAACCCUUUGCGGGUUCUGCCAGACGAUCUAUACUACGGCAGGUCAGGAGUAAGUUGUCUCAACUUUAGCCCGCAGGAGAAGGCGAACGAUCGGUGCGAGCUGAAGCAUGUCGGAGAGCGCAACCUCGAGAGCAGCUAUCUCGAUCUGUCCUGUCUUUAUGGUGAGACGCCGAGCUUCGAUACACAGGGAAAGCUUCCUCUGACGCAGUGCGGCAGUACGGACGUGUUGGUACAAAAGACACCGACUACGGCACAGUUGGUGGCGCUGUCAGGUCUGUUUGCUAAGCUACACAACUACUGCGUGGACAGAAUUCGGUCCUGCCCGCAAAGUAAGGAACCGGUGCAGGAGCGAUGCCGAGCAUUCACGAUCGGAGUGUAUCAGAAGCUGGUGUACGAUCAACUGCUGCCGGUGCUGUUCGGAGACGAGCUGUACAACAUGUGUGGGUUGAACUGUGAGUACAACCCGUACGGGGAAGCGGUUGUUUCGCAGGUGUACAAGAGUGGAACGGGUCGGUUUGCUCACGUUUGGAUCCCGGAGCAGAUGCUGUACAAGCCGCAAGGCCGAUCGGAAUGGCUACCAUUCAACGUAUUCUUCCGCAAUCAGGAGACGUUCGAUUGCUCAGGCGUGCUGGCAGGAUCCCUUGAGACACCCAUCAACACCAAUCGAUUAUCGGAUGCGAUCGUGAACAAGUUCUAUACGGUUGACGGUGAACGGGGAACGUGUUUGCCGUGUAUAGAUUUGGCGCGGAAUCGUGGCGCAGGUCUUUGUCCGUUGGUGACUUACAAGCAUUUCGUCGAGCAGCUCGUAGGAGAGGAGAGUAGUUGUUACGAGAACUUUGAGGAUUUGAGCGACAUGUUUGAACCGAAGCUGCUAGAAUUUCUCGCCAGUUUCUACGAAACCCCCGGUGAUCUUGAUGUGUUGCUUGCAAACUUUGAACGAAGGGCUUAUCCAGGUGCCAACAUGCCAAAGCUGGUGUCCCAAUCUACCUGCCUUCAGUUUAAGCGGCUGAAGUGCUCGGAUCGGUUCUUCUACAGCUGGAAUCCAAAUCUUGGUGAAGGAGCCCGUCAUCUGAUCGAGAUCUUCGACUUCACUGCACUGUUGGCACUCUUCACCGAUUUCGAAGAUGUACCGUUAGAACCGUUUGUCGUUGAUGGACCAAAAGUUCCUGCUUCUGAGGUGAGAUCGUACAUGGACAGUGUAAACUAUCUCUUCUGUCAGAUUUAAGAACAAAAAACUGAACGCAUAUUUAGCUCGGUAGAUUGUUUAUUUAGAAGAUUUUUUUCCUUGACCAAUGAAUAUAAAAAGCUUAGUUAAUCUCCAUCGCUAUCAUAAUACUAGUUGGUAGCUAUAAUAGUAUAUUCAAUUCAGAAGUUACAUGUGUUUUUUAUGUAAGGCUGUUU